AUGGAGACAUUCGAGGACUUCGCCCUCGAAAGGCCAUCCCUCGAGAACCCGAAUGCCUACCAGACCGAGCAUGCCACUCACAUCGACACUCGUGAAUCAAACGCGGAAACCCGCCAAAUCGUCCGCACCAAACACAAACACAUGUACGCCGCUUCUCGGCAAGAAGAAGCCAUGCAGACUUAUGAUAAGAUUCGGGUCAUACACUGUGGGUCGGGAAAGAUUCGCAUAGAGAGGGAGACGACAUUGCAUCACCGACAGAAAGACGGGACCAAGAUCUUGGUCGACUUCUCUAAGAGCCUGGGCAGCGAAUUUGAGCUUGACUUGGAGGACUUUCGGAACCCUAUCCCGAUACAGACGCCGGUAUUACAUCUUCCAAGACCCGCCAUCAAGGUCGAGGAAGAUUCGUCCAACGAGAACGAAGUCAAUACAAUUCUUCCUCACUUCACACCGAGCGCUCUGCCUCUACCCAGACCAGGUCCCACACAUCAGCAGGGCUUCGAUCCACAUAUACAGCGUGACCAUGCUAGCUACAAUUGCCCCGGACCAUCCAACAUCUCCUCCUUACCCCCACAACCUUUACCGUCUCAACACCGCACUCGCCGCGUAGCUUCACCGCCGGUUCUCCGUGGCUAUGGGUACGACGGGAAUGAUGAGUUUCAGAUGAGCGGCGGAGCAGGCAGUAGGAGUGUGUACGGCGUCAGAGGAGAUCUAGGGCGUUGA